GUGUUGCCAUUUAUGACAUGAAAAGGCUUUGAAUUAAUCGCUGAUUCACUCCUUGAGUAUUGGAUUCAUUGCUGUCUUUAAGAUUGAGUUAACGUUUGAUUUGAUUAUUAAUUAAUUGUAAAUCACUUUGAAUUGAAUCGAUGGACCGUUUGUUACGAUUGGGCAGUGGUUUGGGAGGACUCGGACAGAGUUCAGUGCCGACGGACGGCCCGGUAGUGGACACCGCAGAACAGGUGUACAUAUCGUCGCUGGCAUUGCUUAAGAUGUUGAAACACGGAAGGGCUGGCGUUCCCAUGGAAGUGAUGGGUCUUAUGUUAGGCGAGUUCGUCGACGACUACACCGUUCGGGUGAUCGACGUCUUCGCGAUGCCUCAGUCCGGAACCGGCGUUAGUGUGGAAGCCGUGGAUCCAGUAUUUCAGGCGAAAAUGUUGGAUAUGUUGAAACAGACGGGUCGGCCAGAGAUGGUGGUCGGUUGGUAUCACUCGCAUCCGGGGUUCGGGUGUUGGCUCUCAGGCGUCGACAUCAAUACACAGCAG